GCAGGUCGAUGUUUUGCAGGUGGCCCUGGUGGGCCGAAGAUCUUGCAGGUAGACUCGCCAAAGGAAGAUCAGGAUCCAUGGUGCGCCUUCAGGUUCCAGCGUCUCUUGCUUUGUGCUGUUCGUGAUGCACCUCAAGAGACCCUGCACUCCACUUUUGUUCUCACAAGCUGCGGUUCCUGUGGGGAGCCAAACCAGGCCCUGCAUUGGUGAUGACGUGACAAACGCGGGAGACAAAGCCCUCCCAAAGUGCUAGAUCUGCCUCUCGCCCCAAGCAGGGAUGGAGCCAGACGAUGAUGGCGAGUUUGAACAACUCUUGGGGGAGAUUCCCAGGGCAACUUCUGCUCCACCACAUCUGGAAGAGCUGCAGAAGGCGUAUGGGGGCCAGCUGGACGAUCCUCUCCUGCUCAUGAGGCCUGAUGAGAGUCCUGUCGUGAACCCCAACAUCGACAUCCGCUCUGACGAGCUGUACGACACCUUCUACCGCUCGUACUCUGGGACAAAGAAGCUGCCCCCGCCGUUACCCCUUGAGGACGCGCGGCGAGGGGAGACCAGUGGCUUGUCUCCCAGGGGUCUGCAACCCCAGCUCUCCCCCUUCUACAGCGGCCUAGAUCUGGACAGCCCUCGCUUUGUGAGGUCCCACUUGAGCCAGCAUGGCGGGCCCUCCCCGCAGCACCUCCCGCAACAUUAUCACUCGCCGCACCAUCCGCCGCCCUCCCAUCACCAGAGGAGGCACUCUCAGGAGCAUCUAGACUCAGUACAUGGCCAUGGCCACCGACGGCACUCCUCCCAGGGGUUCCUUGACAGGGACCUCUCCCUCGUCUCAUCCUUUGGGGGUUUGAGCAUGGACGAGGGGGGGUCCAGCAGAUCUGGGGGCGGCACCGGGGACUCCAUCACGUCCGGGGGGGGUGCAAGCCCGGGAGACGAUAGCCGACUGAAGUUGCAGCAGUUGCGGCGCUCGUACGAUGCAAUGGACGGGGGUUAUCAGGAGGGGUUUGCCAAGAACGGCGGCGGGGGGCUCAGUUCCUUCGGAUCUGCGUCCUCGCUGGACGGUUACAUCAGCAGGGCUUCCCUGGGGGGCUUGGACGGGCUAGGAAAGCGGGUUCCGGCUGCUGAUCAUGGUUUUUCGCAGCGCUCCGCGUCGGUGGAGAGCUUCCAGGGGGGCGGUUCUCUAGAGCAGCUCUUGCGCACCCGCAGCUCUCCUGUCUAUGACAAUGCGGGAUACAGCCGCUCAGGAAAGGCGUCGUCUUCGUCCUUGGAAGGGUACCCUGGCUCAGGCAAUCUGGACGCUUAUGUCAGCAGGCUGAAUGGAGCCGCAGAUCUGUAUGCCCCCCAGGUGCCGCCGGCUUAUUUAAGCGAGUACGACGUGGCCGCGUUCUUACAAACGCAGCAGCAGAUGCAGAAGGCGGUGCUUCAGACGCAGCGGCUGCAGCAGCAGAUGGAGGAGGAGCGCUUACGUCACCGCUUACAGCAGCAGCAGUUGCUGUUGCAGCAGCAGGCGCUUGCGGCGGCGGCGGUCCAGCAGCAGCGCUUCCACCAGAGCCAGAUGGAGGCCGCCGCGGCGGCGGGGAUGCCCUACGCCCGCAGCUACUCCCCCCCGCAGCGAAUGCCGUCCCCGCUGCACACCCCCCCCCUGCACAAGGUGCGCAGCGGCGGCGGCGAGGCUGGCUGGAGCGGCCUCGAGCGCGCAGGCAGCAUUUGCAAGUAUUAUUUGCAGGGGUACUGCAGCAGGGGGGACGGGUGCCCGUUCGUGCAUGCCGAGCCAAAGAAGGAGCAACGGGGGGCGCCGGCGAUGCCACAUUCUCGGGAGGAGCCGCGAUACCGGUACGGGGGGGAGAAGGGCAUCCCGCGGCCGGCGAGCCGGGAGCGGUUGGUCGGGAAUGGGAGCAACGGCCACCACCAUCACGGCGGGGGGGAGCACCACCUGAAGGCCUCCCCUGCCGUGCACCCCCCCCUGGCGAAAUACACGUCGCUCGCGGAGGUCGAGGGCAAGAUCUACCAGAUCGCCAAGGACCAGCACGGAUGCCGCUUCCUGCAGAAGCAGUUUGACGAGGGGGGCCCGGGCGAGGUCGAGAAGAUCUUCCGGGAGAUCAUUGUCCAUGUGGUCGAGCUGAUGACGGACCCGUUUGGCAACUAUCUGAUCCAGAAGCUGCUCGAGUGCUGCAACCAGGAGCAGCGGCAGGCGGUGCUGGACCGGGUCAUCGCGGCCAAGGAACUUGUGUCCAUCUCGCUCAAUAUGCACGGCACCCGCGCCGUCCAGAAGCUCAUCGAGACCAUCGCCGGCCCCGACCAGAUCCGCAUGGUCGUCUCGGGCCUCAAGCCCGGCGUCGUGACGCUCAUCAAGGACCUGAACGGCAACCACGUGAUCCAGCGCUGCCUCCAGCGCCUGAGCAACGACGACAACCAGUUCAUCUUCGACGCGGCCGCGCAGCACUGUGUUGAGGUCGCGACGCACCGCCACGGGUGCUGCGUCUUGCAGCGGUGCGUCGACUUUGCGGAGGGCGCGCAGAGACAGCGGCUGGUCGCCGAGAUCGCGGCCAACGCGCUCGUGCUGUCGCAGGACCCAUUCGGCAACUACGUCGUCCAGUACAUCCUAGACCUGGGCCUCCCUUGGGCGUCCGCCGAGGUCAUGACGCGCCUCGAGGGCAACUACCCGUACCUCGCGACCCAGAAGUUUUCCAGCAACGUCGUCGAGAAGUGCCUCAAACUCGCGGCGGAGGACAGCCGCAACCGCAUUGUGCGCGAGCUGAUGCUCUCCCCGCGCCUCGGGCACCUGCUCCAGGACCCGUACGCCAACUACGUCGUGCAGAGCGCGCUCACCGUGUCCAAGGGCGCAGUGCACGCUGGGCUGGUCGAUGCGAUCCGGCCGCACCUGACGGCAGUGCGCAACAGCCCCUACGGAAAGCGCAUCCUGUCGCAGGCGAACUUGAAACUAGGGCGGGGGGAUGAGGGGUCCGACGGGGACCUUCGGCGAUGA